AUGGUAAUGGUUAGUGUGACUGAUGCAGUAUUUCUGUUGUCUGUGUCUUGUAAAGUGGCUCUGUAGUUGCCAAGGUCUGAGUAACAUUGUCCUAACCCUAUGCCCAGAGUCAUCACAAUCUCUCCUCUUCUCUUUGUUCCCCAGUUCUUCCACUUCUCCUCUCUGGCGUUCCCUCCGCGGGACGGACCGUUUAACGGCCACGUGAAGUGGCUGGGCAGCCCGGGGCGAGGCCUCCAUCCAGCUCCUCAACGCCUCCCUCAACGACAACGGCACCUACACCUGCUCCGUCAGAACCCCCCCCCCCCCGAUGUCCGCGGAUUCCCCACCUCACAGACUGUCCUCACCGUGACGCCCAAAGGUGAGACAAUUCCUCUGAGAAAUUGAUAUUUAGGGCCAAAUUCUGGAUGGGUGCAUGUCAAUCAUGCAUUGAUGUUAAUGGGACUUUUGACCACAUUUACCAGUAAGAACAUUUGUGUGCGUCUCAAGUCAGGAUUUGGCCCUUAAUUGAGAGGCAGGAGUUUAGGAUUUGUUAGUAAAGGUGGAUUGUGGGUUCACCCUAUUGACCUUAGGAAUGAUGACGUGUAGAACAUGACUGUGUGGGAAUUGUGGCACUGGGGAGAUUUACUUCUCAUUGGGCAGUAAAACCUACCUCGUGUUCAAUGCUGGAAUGGUCGGUCACAUAUUUAUUGAUGCCUUUUCAAAUACUUAUAGAUUUAGGUACGUGUGCACUACAGAUUGAGUCAUAUUUUUCACAAAGCUAAAAUAAUCUCUCUUUUAGAUGUUUUUGAGGACAGGAUGCAGAUUCAUUUUACGGGUUUAUUAAAGCAAUUGUACACGAGAGGGUCGUGCUAAACAACCUUUUUAGCACGGCUGUGCUGCGGUCAUAGGUACAAGGCGGAUCUCGUACCUAAAGAGAUCAUGGAAUCUUUACCGUCUCCACUUUGUGCUGACACUGAGUAUGUAUGUGGUUAUGAUGAACCCUUGCCUCUCCACAGUGCUUGCGGUUAGCUUCUUGGACGUGGCGGUGCUUUUAGCCUUCAUCCUGCUUCCUUCCGCAAUCAUUGCGCUGGCUCUGCUGGGUCGCAUGUGCUGCCCUCCGAAGGACAAGAGCCAGGCCCAAGGUUACCACUCCCCAUUGAGUGGAUUUACUCCUCAUUCAGUGCACCAGUUCUUCAGGGCCUCCUAGACAUACAGAACCAGUCAAAAGUUUGGACACACCUACUCAUUCAAGGGUUUUUCUUUAUUUUUACUAUUUUCUAUUGUGGAGGCCAGGUCAUCUGAUGCAGCACUCCAUCAUUCUCCUUCUUGGUAAAAUAGCCCUUACACAGCCUGGAGGUGUGUUGGGUCAUUCUCCUGUUGAAAAACAAAUGUUAGUCCCACUAAGCCCAAACCAGAUGGGAUGGCAUAUCGCUGCAGAAUGCUGUGGUAGCCAUGCUGGUUAAGUGUGCCUUGAAUUCUAAAUAAAUCACAGACAGUGUCACCAGCAAAGCACCACCACACCAUAACACCUCCACCUCCAUGCUUUACGGUGGGAAAUACACAUGCGGAGAUCAUCCGUUCACCCACACCGCGUCUCACAAAGACACGGCGGUUGGAACCAAAAAUCCAAAUAAUGUAUUUGUUUAACACUUUUUUGGUUACUACAUGAUUCCAUAUGUGGUAUUUCAUAGUUUUAAUGUGUUCACUAUUAUUCUACAAUGUAGAAAAUUGUAAAAAUAAAGACAAACCCUUGAAUGAGUAGGUGUGUCCAAACAUUUGACUGGUAGUGUAUGGACAUAUGACUUUAAAGAAGUGAUAUGGUUUCUGGUAAAGGGAGCCCCCAUCGCUGACUUGCUGAAUGGACACUAUGGCUUUUUCUCAAUGAAUCUUUCCUUGAUUCCUUGGGUCCUCUCUCCUCGCCUCCUUCUCAAAAUUAAUUGGAAAAGAGGGUCCGAGGGGCGGGACAGUGGACCUUCUCCUCCAAUACGAUUGAAAAGAAGCUGAGCAGAGAGGAAGCGAGAAAUCGAGGAAAGAUUAAUUGAGAAACGGCCUUGAGCCAAUAUAGCAAAUUGCUUAUGCUGACUGUUUUGUGAUUUGACCAAUUUGAACUCUACCAUCUUUUUGACAGAGAGGAGCCUGGCUUCAAGCAGAUCCACAGCAAGGAGAAAACAUGACAUGCUGCGACCUAUAUUUGCUGGUAUGGCAUAUUUUCUUUGCUUAUGAAUUACUUAGGGGCACAUGUCUCGCCCGAUCAAUUUCAUAUUCUAAAUGUAGUUUAUGUCUGACAAUAUGAGAUGUCUAUGAAAUAUUUAUCUGUUACCCCACUUCCUGUUUCUAGGAUUCCGACUAUGA